AUGAGUUUUUAAUAUCAGUAAUUUGGUGGUGAAUAGAAUUCCUUUAAUGAUUAGGUUUAUUAAUAACAAUAAGGCUAAGUAUCAGUUUAAAUGCAAUAAUUUGGAAAUAAUCCUUAGAAUGGCUAUUAAUAAAUAAUAAACGAGAAUCCAGUCUAAGGAUUACCCAUUACUAAUUUUCCUAUACAUGGAUAAUAGUAAGUUAUCAACUAUCCUAAUAAUAAUAUGCAAAUUCCUUAAAAUAUGAUAAUGGUCCCAAUUUUGGAUCCUCUAAAAAAGUUAGCAGAUUGUUAAGGGAUUUUUAUUAAAUAAAAAUUAGAGCUACUUUAAGCCUUGAUUGGAUGGUAGCAUGAAAAUGUCUAUAAAGUUUUUUAAGCAGAUGUAAAUGGAAUUCAAGUUGGAAACAAUCCAAUUUUUUUAUGCAAAGAAAAAAGCGAGUGUAUGUAGAGAAUGAUGUUGAAAGGUGAUAUGAGGGCUUUUAACAUGAAUAUCACAAAUGAAACUAGCUCAGCUCUGAGUGGGUAAAGUGUUUCGACUCCAUUUUUGGCACUUGAAAGACCUUUUAAAUGCACUUUUUUUGCAUAUAAUCGUCCAGUACUCAAAGUAUACUAUGUAGAAAACGGAUCUAAAGUUCUCUAUGGGUUGAUAAAAAAUCCAUUUUAAUGUUGCGAGCUAGGUUGUGAAGUCUAUGAUGCUAAUGAACAACUAAAGUUUCUUAUCAAAGGCAAAUGCUGCUAACUAGGAUUAAUUUGCAGAGGUCUACCUUGUGAUUCAUGCUAAUAAUAUGAAUUUACAGUAUAAAAUACAACUGGAUAAAUAGUUACAAGAUUAUUAAAAAAAUCUUCAGGAUUCAUAAAGUCAUACUUAAGCAACUGUGAUGACUUUUCUUUGGGAUUUCCAAUAAACUCUACAGCACAAGAAAAAGCAUUGUUGAUGUCUGCUACUAUAUUUUUGGAUUACAUGUAUUUUGAAAAUAAAUAAACAAAUAAUUAAAAAUGA